CGUUGAUCUCAGAAAAGUUUUGCUAGUCAUCAUCUUCUUUUGUUUGUUUUCGUAAAAUACGACGUCACAUCUUUUUCAUCGUGGAGAAGUUGGGCAGUUUUGUGACGCGGAAAAAUAAGGCAUUCAAUCAAAUGCUCAGUUGACCAGAAAUAAGGGUGUUAUUCAGACACGAAACCUUCAACAUGGCCAUAUAAGCACAACAUCAGGGCCAAAAAGGAAUUCACAAUUUCAUCAUCAACUCAUAGCAACUAUUCUUGUCAAAAAGAACAAAAAAAAAAAAAGACCCAGAAACCUCAUCAUCAAGUUCUUGCAACUCUUUCUUCCAUUAGAGAAAAAAAAAAAAAAAACAAACCAUGGCAGAUAGUUCAGUAUCCUUUUUACUGGACAAGCUGACUUUGUUACUUCAAGCAGAAGUGAAUCUGCAGAGAGGGGUCCGUGAAGAUGUUCAGCACAUCAAAUAUGAACUAGAACGCCACAGGGGCAUCUUGAGGGUGGCUGAUGCUCUGGAAGACAAAGACCCUGAACUCAAAGCAUGGGUUAAACGAGUAAGAGAUGUUGCUCAUGACAUGGAAGAUGCUAUAGAUGAAUUUAGCCUUCGCCUUAUUGAUCAACAUGGACAAGGCAACAGUUCUUCUUUUCAUGUGAAUUUUUUCACCCGGCAUAGGAUUGCUUCAAAUAUACAAAAUAUCAAAUCCAGAGUGGACAUUAUCUCCCAGGGACGUCCAAACAUAGCUGGGAUUGGCUCAGGCUCAAGUCAACGGUUAAGGCUUGAUAGCCAAGGAGAUGCACUUCUGCUAGAAGAAGCUGAUUUGGUGGGUAUUGACAAACCCAAAAGGCAGCUCAGUGACUUGCUUUUCAAUGAAGAAGCAGGUAGGGCUGUGAUUCCCAUUUAUGGGAUGGGAGGGUUGGGGAAAACCACCUUGGCAAAACAAGUCUAUGAUGAUCCAAAAGUGAAGAAGCGUUUCAGGAUUCAUGCUUGGAUUAAUGUUUCUCAGUCUUUUCAACUAGAAGUGCUCCUGAAAGACCUGGUUCAACAGCUCCAUAAUGUCAUUGGCAAACCAUCUCCGGAAGCAGUUGGACAAAUGAAGAGUGACCAGCUCAAAGAGUUGAUCAAGAACUUGCUUCAGCAAAGCAGGUAUCUCAUUGUGCUGGAUGAUGUGUGGCAUGUAAAGGUAUGGGAUUCUGUCAAACUUGCUUUGCCUAAUAACAACCGUGGCAGUAGAGUGAUGCUUACCACACGCAAGAAAGAUAUAGCUUUGUAUUCCUGUGCUGAAUUGGGUAAGGAUUUUAACCUUGAAUUCUUACCUGAGGAAGAAAGUUGGUAUCUUUUCUGCAAGAAAACAUUUCAGGGUAACCCAUGCCCUCCUUAUCUGGAGGCAGUUUGCAGGAAUAUCUUAAAAAUGUGUGGGGGGUUGCCACUGGCAAUUGUGGCAAUUGGUGGUGCAUUGGCUACAAAAAACAGGGCAAACAUAGAAGAGUGGCAGAUGGUUUACAGAAGUUUUGGGUCUGAAAUUGAAGGCAAUGACAAACUGGAGGAUAUGAAGAAAGUGCUUUCCCUGAGUUUCAAUGAGUUGCCUUACUAUCUCAAGUCCUGUUUGCUGUACCUAAGCAUAUUUCCCGAGUUUCAUGCUAUUGAGCACAUGCGAUUGAUUCGCUUGUGGAUAGCUGAAGGGUUUGUGAACGGAGAAGAUGGAAAGACACUGGAGGAAGUUGCAGACAGUUACCUCAAGGAGCUCUUGGACAGAAGUCUGCUGCAAGUGGUAGCAAAAACCAGUGAUGGCAGGAUGAAGACUUGUCGCAUGCAUGAUCUUCUAAGGGAGAUUGUCAAUUUGAAGUCAAAGGAUCAGAACUUUGCAACAAUAGCCAAAGACCAAGAUAUAAUCUGGCCAGACAAAGUUCGACGCUUAUCAAUCAUAAACACAUUGAAUAAUGUGCAACAAAAUAGGACCACAUUCCAACUUCGGUCUCUGCUGAUGUUUGCCUCAUCAGAUUCACUCGAGCAUUUUUCUAUACGUGCAUUAUGUUCCUCUGGUUAUAAGUUACUCAGGGUGUUAGAUUUGCAGGAUGCACCUUUGGAGGUUUUUCCUGCUGAAAUUGUCAGCCUAUACCUUCUCAAGUAUCUGAGUUUGAAGAAUACAAAGGUGAAAAGCAUACCAGGUUCCAUUAAGAAGCUGCAGCAGUUGGAGACAUUAGAUCUUAAACACACUUAUGUCACUGUAUUGCCAGUUGAAAUUGUGGAGCUCCAACGAUUACGCCAUCUCUUGGUGUAUCGUUAUGAGAUUGAAUCCUAUGCUUAUUUACAUUCAAGGCAUGGCUUCAUGGUGGCUGCCCCUAUAGGACUUAUGCAAUCUUUGCAAAAGCUUUGUUUUAUAGAGGCGAAUCAGGCUUUGAUGAUUGAGCUAGGAAAACUCACUCAACUCAGGAGGCUUGGCAUCAGAAAGAUGAGAAAACAAGAUGGUGCUGCUUUGUGUUCAUCCAUUGAGAAGAUGAUCAAUCUCCGCUCAUUGUCCAUAACUGCAAUUGAAGAUGAUGAGAUAAUUGAUAUUCACAACAUCUUCAGGCCUCCUCAGUAUCUCCAGCAGUUAUACUUGGGUGGGCGUCUAGACAAUUUUCCCCAAUGGAUAAGUUCUCUCAAGAAUUUGGUCCGAGUGUUUCUAAAAUGGAGCCGGUUAGAAGAGGAUCCUCUGGUACAUCUUCAAGAUUUGCCAAAUCUAAGACAUCUUGAGUUUCUUCAAGUUUAUGUUGGUGAGACAUUGCAUUUCAAGGCAAAAGGGUUUCCUAGUCUGAAGGUGUUAGGCCUUGAUGAUUUAGAUGGACUGAAAUCAAUGACUGUGGAGGAGGGAGCAAUGCCUGGUCUUAAAAAGCUCAUCAUCCAGCGCUGUGAUUCAUUGAAGCAGGUACCAUUAGGCAUUGAACACCUAACAAAACUAAAAUCAAUAGAGUUUUUUGAUAUGCCUGAAGAAUUGAUUACAGCACUGCGUCCAAAUGGAGGUGAGGAUUAUUGGAGAGUACAACAUGUCCCAGCAGUUUAUAUCUCCUAUUGGAGGGAUGGGGGUUGGGAUGUCUACUCAUUAGAGACAUUAGGAGAGAGAGAGAGUGAUUCCAGUUCUGGUACUGCAAAGAGAAGUCUUGAAAUUUGUACACUCUGGAAGGUUUAACUUUGAUUUUUUCUUUUAACAUACUUGCAUGUGUGAGUGAUGACAAUUUUUUGUUGUACAUCAGCUUGCAUAUGCAAGUGAAUGUAGUAUUUUGUUUUUUUGCAGUCACCUGAGUCCUCACUGUAAAUUUCUUCAUGUUUCGACCAAAUAAAUCAGGGAGCAUAAUAUGAAUUCUGAGGUUACUGAAAAAAAAUGUUCAAUAUUUAGGUUUA